CCUCCUGAUUAUGCGUAUGCACACCCCAUAAAGAUCAUCCUUUCGUGAAAUCCUUAAGCUUGCUUUCCCACCCAUCAAUAUUAAGCUCCUUGACCAUUAGCUUUCUUUUUCACUCUUCAAAUGAAUAGCAUAAGCUUCAAGAAUUGUAUUCUGUUUCUUUGUUUUGUCUCGUUAUGUUCUUCUUCUUUGGUCGUCUCUCUCGCUGGUGACUUUGAAAUAUUGAUCCGUGUCAAGAAUGCUAUGCUUGAUGACCCCAAUGGAAAGCUUAGUGACUGGGUUGAAAGUGCUGACCAUAACUGUUGUAACUGGACUGGCGUUACUUGUGAUUCUCAGAAUCAAUCGGUUGUUUCAAUUGAUUUAUCUGGGUUUUCCAUUGUUGGUGGGUUCCCUACUGGAUUCUGUCUCAUUCGGACCCUCCAGAGCCUUUCUCUGGCCGACAAUUCCUUCAAUGGUACUCUUACUUAUCGCGCUCUAUCUCCAUGCUCACACCUUCAUGUAUUGAACCUCUCCAACAAUGAAUUCGUCGGUCAGUUGCCAGAUUUCUUGCCGGAUCUUGACAAUUUACGAGUCCUAGAUCUCUCAAUCAACAAUUUCACCGGUGAUAUUCCGGCUAGUUUUGGCAGGCUUCAGUCCCUGGAAGUGCUCUCUCUGGUCUCUAACCUCCUUAACGGUUCAAUCCCAAGGUUCUUAUCCAAUCUCAGCGAAUUAACCCGCUUGGAACUCGCUUAUAAUCCGUUCAAGCCAAGCCCUCUGCCUCAAGAGAUUGGCAAUUUAUCAAAGCUCGAGCAUUUGUUUCUUGCCGACACGAAUCUCAUCGCGGAAAUUCCAGGCUCGAUUGGGAAGCUUGGCUCGUUAUACAAUCUGGAUUUGUCAAGCAAUUUAAUCACUGGCAAGAUACCUGAGAGUAUUUCUGAAUUGAAAAGCAUACAACAAAUAGAGCUCUUCAACAAUCAACUGUACGGUGAGUUACCUGAAAGUCUGUCAAAUUUAACUACUUUGCGUCAAUUUGAUGUCUCACAGAACAAUCUCACCGGAAACUUGCUGGAAAAUAUCUCCGCAUUGCGACUCCAAUCACUAAAUUUAAACGACAACCACUUCAACGGAGAAAUCCCUCAGGUUUUGGCUUUGAAUCCAAAUCUAUCUGAAUUAAAACUCUUCAACAACAGCUUUACUGGGAAAUUACCUGCGAAUCUUGGCAGGUAUUCCGAUUUGGAAGAUUUUGAUGUUUCGACCAAUGAUUUUACCGGCGAGUUGCCGCAGUAUCUCUGCCACAAGAAGAAGCUUCAAAGACUUGUUGCUUUUGUCAAUCGUUUCUCUGGUAGUUUGCCCGAGACCUUGAGUGAAUGUAGCAGUUUAAAUUAUGUGAGGGUUGCUGAUAAUGAGCUCUCUGGUCCAGUGCCAAACAAGUUGUGGGGUCUCAAUACCUCGCGUCUUGAGUUAUCCAAUAACAAAUUUGAAGGUUCAAUUUCUUCUUCAAUCUCCGGUGCUCGAGGAUUAUCUGGCCUUUUAAUCAACGGCAACAAAUUCUCCGGCAAAUUACCGGCGGAAAUUUGCGAAUUGCCUGAGGUUAUCGAGAUCAAUUUGAGCAGUAAUCAAUUCGUAGGUGAAUUACCUUCAUGUAUAACUGAAUUGAAGAAGUUGCAGAAGCUGAACAUGCAAGAGAAUAUGUUUUCUGGGGAGAUUCCGAGUUCAGUGAGUUCGUGGACUGAUUUAACUGAAUUUAAUUUAUCAAGAAAUCGACUCUCCGGCGAGAUUCCACCGGGACUUGGUAACUUACCGGUAUUAACUUAUCUGGAUCUUUCCGAUAACUUACUCACCGGCGGAAUACCGAUGGAGUUGACCAAGUUGAAGCUGAAUAAGUUCAAUGUCUCUAAUAACAGAUUAUAUGGGAGAGUGCCUUCCGGUUUCACAAAUGCAGCGUACUUACGGAGUUUACUGGGUAACCCGAAUCUCUGCAGUCCGGAUUUUAAACCCCUCCCUCCAUGCUCCAAACCCAAACCCAAACCCGCCACCUUGUACAUUGUGGUCAUUUUAGCCAUUUGCGUUGUAAUUCUUGUCGGGUCUCUUAUAUGGUUCUUCAAAGCCACUUUAUUUGUGAGAAAACCCAAACGCCCAUAUAAAAUUACCGCAUUCCAACGGGUCCGGUUCACGGCGGAAGACAUAUUUCCACACUUAACAAAAGAGAACCUAGUAGGAUCAGGCGGGUCGGGUCAGGUUUACAAAGUAAUGCUCAAAACAGGAGAGAUUGUCGCAGUGAAGAGACUAUGGGGAGGUACCCAGAAACCAGAGACGGAAUCUCUGUUCAGAUCAGAAGUGGAAACGCUGGGUCGAGUCCGGCAUGGCAAUAUCGUAAAAUUGUUGAUGUGUUGCAGUGGAGAGGAGUUCAGAUUUCUGGUAUAUGAUUACAUGGUGAAUGGGAGUUUAGGCGACGUGUUGCAUAGAGAAAAGGGUGGUGGUUUACUGGAUUGGCCAGGAAGGUUCGCGGUGGCUGUGGGUGCGGCACAGGGCUUGGCUUAUUUGCACCAUGAUUGUGUACCGGCUAUUAUUCAUAGGGAUGUGAAGAGCAACAACAUCUUGUUGGACGAGGAGAUGAGGCCCCGGGUGGCGGAUUUUGGGUUGGCUAAGACGCUGCGGAGUGAGGCGGGUGAGGGUGAUGUUGCUUCUAUGUCUCGGAUCGCUGGUUCCUAUGGCUAUAUUGCCCCAGAGUAUGCUUACACGCUUAAAGUGACAGAGAAGAGUGAUGUGUACAGUUUUGGGGUAGUGUUAAUGGAGUUGAUCACUGGCAAAAGCCCAAAUGACUCUUGCUUUGGUGAGAAUAAGAAUAUGGUGAAGUGGGUUACUGAGGCUACAUUAUCAUCAUUGCCUGAAGAAGCAAGUGAAAAUAAGGCCAGCAGUACUGGCUACACAGGAGGUCUACGUGAGAUUAUAGAUUCAAGGUUGGAUCGAUCUACAUGUGAUUUUGAAGAAAUAGAAAAAGUUUUGAAUGUAGCUCUUCUUUGCACUUCAACAUUGCCCAUGAACAGACCCUCCAUGAGAAGGGUAGUUGAAUUGCUCAAGGACCAGAAAUUUGCUCGUCUUGGUAGCCAGUGACUCCAUAUCCUGUAGAACUUGUAGUGGCAAUCUUCUUAGUUAUUCCCUCCUUUUUUCCUGAAAUUAUGCCACCUUGUACUUGGCUUAGAAGCAAAGCUGAAUAUGGCACUUGCUUUGGGUGAAAUUGACAUGUUUAAUCAAGCUGUGUUAAUCAAUAUAGACUUUGAUAAUUUACGAGCAUAAAAUUAAAUUGACAAUAUUGAAUAUUGUUUUGCAA